AUGUUCCCUUCCAAUACUUCUAUCAGCUAUAACCCAUCCUCCAGUGGGCUGCACGAAACAGUUUCUGCUUGGUUUUUAGGUCCUCAAGCCGAGAAUGCCGCUUUGCUGAAAGAACUAUUCAACAACAUCGUGGACAGCCACGCAAAUGCUCGUCUAUCAUAUCAUCCUGAAGAUGGGGUCUUCAUCACUCAAGAUAUCAAACAGACCCCAGCGUUUAAUCGCGCGGUCAACGAUCUCCGACAGGAAUUUCACCGCCUUUUAGACAUGCUAAACGACAAAUCUAUCCCAUUCUACUCGCCCAGAUACGCUGGGCAUAUGUCGUUUGAGAGCAGUUUGCCCUCCAUAUUGGGGUGGCUUGCUGCGAUGUUAUUCAACCCGAACAAUGUUGCUUUUGAAGCGAGUCCAAUUACGACAUUACUUGAGCUUGACGCAGGUUCCCAGAUAUGCGACAUGCUGGGAUAUGCUCGCUCAGGCACGAUGCAGCCUUGGGGGCAUAUUACUUGUGACGGUACCGUGGCCAAUAUUGAGUCUAUGUGGGAAGCUUUGAAACCUGGAGCGCCUCUUCAUUUCGUUUCAAGCACACUCACAGUAUACAGCUGCUCGAAUCCAAAUGAUCCGGUACUUUUGAGGGACCUGGAUACAUGGGAGUUGUUGAACUUACAGCCGCAGGAGAUACUCUCCAUACCCGACCGCCUGCGCACUCAGUUUGGCGUAAGCCCCACAUUUCUUGAAAGGGCGUUACAUCCAUUCAGCGUUCAGUCAAUCGGGAAGGACAGCUUCGAGAAGAAGUAUGGAAUUGAACCACCCCAGUACCUCAUAUCGAGCACCAAGCACUAUUCAUGGCCCAAAGCAGCAGCUCUUGUUGGUAUAGGUUCGGACAACGUCAUCAAUAUUCCGGUCGAUUCGACUGCGCGAAUGUGCAUGAUACAUCUCAAGUACGCUCUUGAGCGUCGCCUACGCCAACGACAGGCCGUAUAUGCUGUUGUUGCCAUUAUUGGUUCCACAGAAGAAGGAGCAGUCGAUCCUUUAGAUGAAAUAGUUGCCUUGAAACAUGAAUACCAAGCAAGGGGGAUGUCAUUUCUCAUCCACGCAGAUGCCGCCUGGGGAGGAUAUUUUGCGUCGAUGUUGAGGGAAAAGCCUUCGCAGGGUGCACCCGAUGGAAUGCCUCCUUGUCCACGACGGUCUGCCUCUCGUGAUUAUGUGCCAACCACGUCGCUUAAGGAACACACUAUCCGCCAAUUCGAGGUCCUUGGAGAAGCUGACUCAGUAACGAUCGAUCCACACAAAAGUGGUUAUUGUCCGUAUCCAUCUGGAGGGUUGUGUUAUAAAGACGGUCGUAUGAGGUACUUAUUGACAUGGACCGCUCCCUACCUUAAUCAAGGCAAGAACGGCGAGAAUAUUGGCAUUUAUGGAGUCGAGGGCAGCAAACCAGGAGCGGCAGCGGCAGCGGUGUAUCUUCAUCAUGCGGUCGUCGGGCUUCACAAAGAAGGUCAUGGCAGCCUUCUCGGUGAGGUGUGCUUUAGUUGCGCUCGGAUAUCUGCAUACUGGGCAGCCAUGUCAGACUCUUCGACACCCUACAUUGUAGUACCGUUGAACAAGCUUCGUGCUGAGCCCAAUGCACUACACACCGAGCAAGAGAAAAAGUUCAUCCGAUGGAAGAUCUUGGCACGUUCCAAUAGAGAUAUCGCAUCCGAUCCAGAUCCAGAACUGUUUGCAGAGCUACGCGCACUAGGAUCCGACCUGAAUAUUAACGCCUUCGCUUGCAACUUCCGCAUACAAGAUCACCAAUACCCUUUCAAUUCCUUCGUCAAUGACGAUGUCGAAGAAGCAAACUAUCUCAACAAAUGCAUAUUUGACAGGCUUUCGGUGACAAAUGUCCAGGACAACCCGAGGAAAGUACCCAUGUACAUCACAUCAACGACAUUUGCGGCGCAGGAUUAUGGACAAUGUCUGGAUGUCUUCAAGCAGCGCCUGGGGCUUGAGAUUGACUCUAAACAGAGUCUCUUCGUUCUGAGGAACGUCGUGAUGUCGCCUUUUCAGGCAACCGCGAACUUUGCAGGAGAAAUAGCAGAGUUAUUCCGCCAGACGUUGAUUGAAGAAAUGAGCCACGUUGUUGCGCGAAAUACGAUUUCCCCACAGGAACACAUGUUCAUUAUGCAGGGCACGGACACGCUAUUCCUGGUUUAUCGACCUCUAUUCCAUAAAGCGAAUUCACGCAAGCAACUCAUAAUCGCUGCCAAGAUGUCAGGGAUACACUGGGCACGAUAUCUCAAGGCAAGAGAGGACCAUCCCGAGGAGAUCUUUACGAUGACAAUCCCCUCCACCACCAUCGAAGAAAUCGUAUCUGGUCAGAAGACCAAGGGGUAUAUAUAUUGGCAGGGGACCGUCGUCUCAGAUUGUGAAUUGGAAGACGUUAGCGUAGUGAAGAGCCGAUCUCUGCGGUCCAGGUGGAGAGAUUCGGAGUACCCUUCAGAGUUCUGCCCAUUCUACAUGUACGGAUCCGAGGAGCAACAGCAUAUUGAGCAUAUGCUCUUGAAAGCACCAAAUGCCCAGCUUGCCGCAGAAGACAUCGAGAUUUCAUUAGAUCGUCCAUUGCUAAAGAAGCAACUUGAGCGUGGACUACUUGCAUAUGUGAUGGUGCACGAGCAAUCGAUGCAACCGUUCGCUGAAGACAAUCCGCCGUUCUUUUUUUGCGCAGGAGCGAAGCUGGACGUGGAGAUUUACGAAGACCCAUUUACAUCCGAAGCCCAUGGACCUGGAUUAGCCCCCACAUUUAAUGACUUGGAUGGGCCCAGCUUCUACUCCCCAGUCGCCAGCGGGUCCAUUCAACUGGGAAGCAGGAUUUUCAUUGACAUGACAGGUUUGAACAAGCAAGACUUUAAGGCGGACAACCGCAUUUCGAGAUACACAGAAGUGAGCACGAGUGAAGAAGGAAAGGCUGGCUGGAGAAGCAUGGUCAUCGAUCGGAUGGAUCAGAGUGAACAGGCAAGACGCCAAGCUCGGGUCGCGGAGGGGUGGGCGACCAAAAUGAAACCACGCGUUUCAACUCCUUCCACGAACAUGCGAUCUUCUCCCCUGGCGAAGAACUAA